CACGUAUCUAACUUGGCUUACUUCAUUUCCGCAUGUCUCUCGGGAGUUCUGUAAAAGAGAACAUCAAAUAUAAAAAUUGAAACGGAAAAAAAAAAAAAAAAAAAAAAAAAACAACAGAAGACAUCUCUGGAAAUAAAGGAAAUAUUUUUUAAGACAGACCAACAUAUUAAUUGAAUCAUGGCAAGAUCAAGUCUAAGGGAUCCUUUGUUAGAUAUGAUUUCCUCAGGGUCACCAGACGUCUUGUCUUAUCUUCAUCUAGUGAGGUCUAGAAGAAUUGUUGUGUUUCAGCCAACUCUUGACCAGUGUCUGCUAGUUGCUUGCAACAAAGGGUCAAGAAUACACGUCACCUACUUACUUCAAGCUGGGGCUUACCUGGAAACCAGAGAUUGCCAUGGCAACACGCCAUUGUUGGUGGCAGCUACAAUUGGACAUGUAGACAUUGCUGCCUUGUUGAUUGAACACGGAGCAGACGUCAAUGCCAGCAACACUAGAGGACGCACGGCCUUAAUGGUUGCUUCAGAGCAUGGAUUUCCUAUCAUCGUAUCUAUGUUACUUCAAAAGAUGGCGGAUGUGAACCAUGUUGAUCAUGCCGGAAAUACGUCACUGAUUUUGUCGAUGCGCCGUGGUUGUCCUAUUGAAGUAGCUGAGACUCUCCUGAAGCAGGAAGGUGUCAACAUCGAACACAUUAAUGAGAAGGGGGAAACUGCUUUAACGAAAGCAUUGAAAGAAUUUGAACUGGAGAAGGUCAAAAUUCUCCUUAAAGGUGGACCAUCAUUAAGCGAUGUUCAAAACAUUAAGGAAAGCAAUAACUACAAUCGCUGUGAAUGUGCACAAGACAUAGCUGACAAAGCUGGAAUAGGUCAAGUAGUUCGGCUGAUUCAGAAACAUAAAAACGAUGAUUCUAUGCUCUUAGAGGCCGUUCUAAAUAGAGACUUAAAAAAUAUGAAAGAAAAUCUUGUGUAA